CUUUGGUGAAUCAUUUAACGGCGAAAUGUUGUUCCCGUGGUUUUGGGUUUCGUUUGUUUCACUGUUAGAUGUAUCGCUUUCACAAGAACCAAUGGAUAUGUUCUGGGUUUCCAGUGACUGUACAACCCACGAUGGAAAGCCACAGAUGUGUUAUCCACCGUUCACCAGCGCUGUAGCCGAUCGGAAAGUGGUUUCAACAAAUACAUGUGGGGAAAAAUCAAGACAGAAAUAUUGUAUCCAUAUGUCAUCAGCUGACAUGUCGAGCAGGUGUCAGUAUUGUGACUCCCGAAAUCUUGCUGAAAGCCACUUCCCCGAGUACAUGACUGAUAAAAAUCCUAACAACUGGUGGCAGUCAGAAACCAUGGCCGACAAUCCCACGUUACAUUUUAGAGAAUCUGUCAAUUUGACAGUUGAUCUCGGCACACAGUUUCAUGUCAAUUACGUAUAUCUCCAAUUCCGCUCGCCUCGACCUCAUGCCAUGGUCAUAUAUAAGAGGUUCGACGAACAAUCGGACUGGACUCACUGGGCUUACUUUUCAAGCAACUGCUACACUUAUUUUGGAAUGAAUUACCACGCUGUUCCGGUAUUCACAAAGCCAGACGAAGUGAUUUGUCAAGAGGAGUAUUCCACUUUGCAGCCGCUAUAUGACGGUGAAGUUAUCUUUUCCGUGAUCAAUGGCAGGCCAAAUUACGAUCGGUUUUUUGAAGAUACCGAAUUACAGCGAUGGAGUACAGCCAGAGAGAUCAAGAUUGAACUGAAGAAAAUGCACACUUUCGGGGACGAACGCGGAGCUGAGAAGGACACACUUUUGACGUACUACUUCGCUAUACAGAAAUUCACCGUGGGAGGAAGGUGUCUUUGUCAUGGUCACGGAAAUGAAUGUCGCCCUACAACUGGACCCGGGCAGCGUGAUCGGUUGGUCUGUGUCUGCGCACCCAGCCACCACACCACAGGAGACAACUGUGAGCAGUGUUCACCAGAUCACAGAGAUGCACCAUGGCAACCUGCAACCCCCGAAAACCCUAAUCCCUGUAAACCUUGUAAAUGCAACAAUAACGCCCGUUUGUGUGAGUUCGAUUCGGAGGCUUAUGCCAGAACAGGAUCCGGUAGUAGAUGCAUUGGUUGUGGGAAUAACACUGAAGGCAUCAACUGUGAACGCUGCAAAACUGGAUAUUUUCCUGACCCCAUACAACCGACGGUUUGCAGGCCAUGUGCAUGCGAUCCUGUGGGCACCGUGACUGGUUACAGCGACUGUUCUAGUACAGGCCAGUGCGUGUGCAAACCGGGCGUCGGUGGUAUCAGAUGUGACCGCUGUCUAGAUGACUACCAUGGGUUUGGUGCCGGUGGAUGCCAACCAUGCAAUUGCAGUCUUGUCGGCGGAUACGAGAAUCGUGCUCUGUGUGAUUCCCAAACAGGUCAGUGUGUCUGCAAACAAAACGUAGCCGGUCGACAAUGCGACAAGUGCAAGCUUGGACAUUACGGACUCAUGUCAAACGAUCCCCUUGGAUGCAAACCGUGCGUCUGUUCCCUCCACUCGUCCGAGUGUGCCUUGGAUACCACAUCGCUUGCCGUUGGGGUCAGUGCAGAACGUAAGCAUUGUUAUCGUAUCUAUCCUAUUGUCCUCCGAACCUUUCAUCGGCAAUUUCGGCAAUUUGAGUGUUUUUAA